AUGAUAUAUUUAUUAUUUAUUAUACCAUUACUAUUUAUUACAAUAUUAAUACCUGUUGGAAUUGUGGGACAAAAUUUGGAGAAAUCAAGAUCAGUCUGGGUUGAACAAGGUUUAUUACUUGGUAAAAUUUAUAAGUUAGCCGAUAAUUAUAUUCAAAUAUUUCGUGGCAUACCAUAUGCUGAAGCACCUAUUGGUCCAUUACGAUUUAAGCGUCCAGUAAAACGAGCACGAUGGCAUCAGGAACAUGCGGCACUCGAUUACGGUGCACCGUGUUUACAAUUUAUGGAAUUUCAUAAACAAGAUAAAUUUGCCGGUUCAAAUAUGCAGAAGGAAAGUGAAGACUGCUUAUUUCUUAAUGUUUUCACACCAUUUGAUCCAGAAGAAGAAUCGAAAUUACAUCCGAUUAUUGUAUGGAUCCAUGGUGGAUCAUUUUUAGCCGGUUCAGGUGACACUGGUAUCGAUAUGGAAGUAAUCACGAAACAUUUCACAUCGAAUGGUGUUGCAUUAAUAACAGUUAAUUAUCGGCUUGGACUUUUAGGAUUUUUGAAUUAUAAGAACAACGAACACGUGGAAGGUAAUUUUGGCAUUUGGGAUUUGGUAAUGGCAUUGGAAUGGAUUCAAACAAAUGUUAAACAACUAAAUGGUGAUCCAUCAAAGGUUACAAUUAUGGGUGAAAGUGCUGGCGCAGCUGCUGUUUCCGUUCUUGCAGUAUCACCCAGAACAAAAAAUUUAUUGCAUCGAGCUAUCAUGUUAUCCGGUUCCUCAACAGCUGGUUGGGCUAUUCAUCGUUUUGGACAACCGGCAUGGAGUGUAAACAAUAUUGCGGCAUAUAUUGGAUGUGAGAAAGAACUGGAUAAACAAACAAUAGAACCAUUAUUAAAAGCUUCCGGAUUGCCAACUCUCAGUAAAGAAUGUAAUAUGCAAGAAAAAAUACCGGAAUGUUUAAUUAAUAGCGCAGAAAUGAGUGGUAUGGAAUUGGUUGAAUGUUUUAGAAAUGAACUCAAUCUUUCAUCAUUUUCAUUCCGUUAUGCAAUUGCUACUGAGCUAGGAGUAUCGAAAAUGGUUGUGGAUGAUGAAUUGAUACCACAAUCUGGUGCUGAAUUAAUUAGCAAGAAUGCACGAGUUCCAAUUAUAAUUGGUGUCGCACAACAUGAAUGGGCCCAUAAGAGAGCUCAAGAUUAUGGUUUGAAUGAAUUUAAAGAUGUUUCAAUUAAGGAUUGUAAUAGUAACAUUCGUAAAAUUAUCAAUGAACACUAUCAUACUAGUUGUGCAAAAAAACUUCACAAUUCAACAUUGGAACUUAUAGCAAAUGCUAGCUUCCUAAGAUAUAUUGAUACGCCAGAAAAGAAUCGUACCUUAAUGCGUGUUGUUUAUGGAUUACAAGAUUUAGAAGCGGAUAUCGAAUUCGUGGCACCUGCACAACGUGAAAUUGACAGUUAUGUGGAGAAUGGCAUACCUGUUUAUGCAUAUUCAUUUAGUUAUUUCCCAAAAUCACCAAUUUAUGAGGAAGAUCAAAAGAAAUAUACUAUUUUUGGCCAUGAAACAGUUAAAGUAAAACGAAAGGAACUUCAAAUACGACGGAAUGGUCGGCCAAGAGCAUUUCAUGGCCUAGAUCAUGCUUACAUAUUUACAAAUGGUUACAGUAAUAAUUUGUAUAUUGAACCAUUCGGUAAAAGAGAUCAACAAAUGGCUAAAAUGCUUGCAACAAUGAUUACAAAUUUUGCCAAAUACGGGGAACCGACACCAACUAAUUGGAAUGGUUUCAAAUGGACACCGUUUACAAAUGAGUCCGCGCAAUAUGCAAUUUUAGAUUUACCGCCGAGGAAAGCAAUUGGUAGUUUACAUUGGCCGGUGACAAAUUUUUGGAAUAAAGAAACAGCACUUUUAGAAAAAUUAUCAUUGCGUGAAAAACCUGUGCAAACAUUAAGCGAAGAAUUAACUGCUGAUGAACGAUUACAGUUAGCAGCUUAUCGACGUGCAUGGUGGGCAUUAUGGCUACUCGUUGGUAUGAUUGCUUUAGUAAUUUGGAUCAGUGUCAUUUGUGUGGUUGUGACACGAUGUCACAGUCCUCGAGCCAAACCCUACAAUAAUAUCGUUGUCAAUAGAUGA